GUAUCGCCUUCGCGGUGGGGUGUUUUCACUGAACUGAAGCGCUUUGGCAUCUUAAGGGCGCGCCAUCGGAACACUCCCGACUCCUCUUCACUGCUCGACGAAUCUGCUAGAGCUCCCCGGCGGGGCCGCACCGGCGGAGGAUUAGGGUUUCGCAGGCGGGUGGUUGAGUGGAAGGAAGGGGGCGCCUCGCAGCCCGCCUUCGGGCAUGGAGUCCGACUCCCGCUCCCGCAUCGACCAGUUUUUUGCUUCGAAGAAGCAGAAAUCCGCGUUGCCCAGUUUAAAAUCGCAGAGGACAGAGAAGGGUGAAAGGGCCGCAUCUGGAGGGUCCCCUGGUGCUAAAGGGACAUUAGACAGUUACUUGAAAAGCUCACAGGACGAUGCAUCCGUACCCAGACGGUCAUCCUUGGCCGAGCAGUUGCCUCAUGGUCAGGACUUGGUCAGAAGAAAGCUCGGGUUGGAUAUUGAGCCGAUGUCGAAAACUGAAACUAAACCAUCUGUGCUAUCGUCGGAACGAAUCCAAUCCAACGGUCUUGAAGCAGCUCAGAAAGGCGCUCUCUUUAAGACUGCUAUUGAUGAAGGUCCAUCAAAGGAGUGCCCUUUGUCAGCAAAUGGCGCAACAGAAAACCCGGAAGUCAGGCAAUUUGCAAAUGACUUUUUGUCCUUGUAUUGCAGCGACCUUCAAUCAAAUAAACCGACCGAGGUGAAAUCUCAAAAUCAUAAGAGACACGGUAGCCCAUCUUUAGUUGAGAAGGAGACUAAGAAGUCCACUAAGAGGCAUCAGAUGACUUUUCCAUUAGAUACAAGUGAUGCAACAACUUCUUCUGGAGGAAAAAAUGUUGAGCAAAUGCUUUCCAAUUCAGAAACCAGGGAGUUUGGUUACAUUGUUAGAGAGGAAACUAUUGGCAAUGAUCCUGUUGAGAUUCCGCCGAGCUUAAAAGACUUGGAUAAGGCAACCGUUUCAACUUUAGUAAACGCCAGUUGUUCCACGCCUGUCUCACUGGCUGUCAAAUCUUCCACUGACAAGACCCCGAAAUCAGCAUGUGGAAGUUCCAUGUUUUCACCUGGAGAAGGUUUUUGGAGUGAAGCAAUUAAGCUUGCUGAUGGCCUGUGCGCUCCUGCCAAUAGUUCUGUUUGUCAUGCUGCCAAUGAGAGCUUGAGCCACCUGAGAAAGACAGGUCAAGAUGAAAAAGAGGAAAUGCUGCAUGAUGGCAAAAAUAUAAUUCAUUUUGCAGAGAUGGGAAAGCUGGCAUCAGUGGAUAAGUAUUCCAAGGACUUGGACAAGAAAGGCUCCCCUUUACCAGUAAAGCAUUUUGACUUCUCUUGUGAGGAGAAGAGCUCGGAUGUGGUUGCUGGUCAUUACGGCAAUUCAGAUGGCAGUAAAUCCAUCAUUUCAAGAUACAAUAAAGGAUCUGAUUGUGAUUUGGUGGGGCGAAGAGGUCUUCGGACCGCAAAUGCAUUUACCCGUUGCAGCAAUGCACAAAAAAUUGAGGAGGUGCAUGUGAAACAAGAGAUGGCUCUGGUCAUUCCCACAACUGAAAGGAAAUUAGAUUUAUCUAGUGAAAAUGAUAGCAUAGGGACUGAAUCACCAGCUAAUAUACCAAGGAGUGUGGGUGGUAAUCGUGAAAAUAAUGAAGCUUGUACUCCUGCAAGUUUUCUGCAGAGUAAAGAUUGGUUAGAUCUUAGCAGCUGGCUUCCAUCUGAGAUAUGCAGCAUAUAUAGGAAGAAGGGUAUACAAAGGCUUUAUCAGUGGCAGGUUGACUGCCUUCAGGUUGAAGGUGUUCUGCAGAAAAAGAAUCUUGUGUACUGUGCUUCCACAAGUGCUGGUAAAAGUUUUGUUGCAGAAAUACUAAUGCUGCGGCGGGUCUUAUUGACUGGAAAAAUGGCAAUUCUAGUACUUCCUUAUGUAUCGAUUUGCACAGAGAAGGCAGAGCAUCUUGAAGUCCUAUUGGAACCCCUUGGUAAGCAUGUGCGCGGCUACUAUGGAAAUCAAGGUGGUGGAACACUUCCAAAGGAUACUUCUGUAGCUGUUUGCACUAUAGAAAAGGCAAACUCGUUAAUAAACAGGUUGCUAGAAGAGGGUCGUUUAUCAGAAAUUGGAAUCAUAGUGAUAGAUGAAUUGCACAUGGUUGGCGACCAACAUAGGGGUUACCUAUUGGAACUUAUGUUGACCAAACUUUGUUAUGCUGCUGGUGAAGGCAACUCAGAGACAAGUAGUGGCGAAUGUUCAGGUAGUAGCAGUGGUAAGGGUGACACUACUCGAGGCUUGCAAAUUGUUGGGAUGAGUGCAACCAUGCCAAAUGUGGCAGCAGUUGCGGAGUGGCUUCAGGCCGCAUUAUAUCAGACUGAAUUUCGACCUGUUCCCUUGGAGGAGUAUAUUAAGGUUGGCAACACUAUUUAUAACAAAAGCAUGGACAUAAUAAGAACAAUUUCAAAAGGAACCGAUCUUGGUGGUAAAGAUCCAGAUCAUAUUGUGGAACUGUGCAAUGAGGUCGUUCAAGAAGGUCAUUCGGUGUUAAUAUUCUGUUCAAGCCGUAAAGGAUGUGAGUCAACUGCUCGUCACAUCUCCAAGUUCCUGAAGAAAUUCUCUGUAAAUCCUCAGAACGAUGAUAAUGAGUUUUCAAGUAUCAUAUCAGCUCUUGAUGCUCUACGAAGGUCCCCUGCUGGAUUAGAUCCUAUAUUAGAAGAAACUCUUCCUUCUGGGGUAGCUUAUCACCAUGCUGGCCUCACGGUUGAAGAAAGAGAGGUUGUGGAAACCUGCUACCGCAAAGGACUUGUUCGUGUUUUGACUGCAACCUCCACCUUAGCUGCUGGGGUUAACCUACCAGCAAGGAGGGUCAUUUUUCGGCAACCUAGAAUUGGUCGUGAUUUUAUUGAUGGAACAAGGUACAAGCAGAUGGCUGGUCGAGCUGGACGGACAGGAAUAGAUUCUAAGGGGGAAAGUAUACUGAUUUGUAGACCUGAAGAGAUCAAAAGAAUCGUGGGUCUUCUCAAUGAAAGCUGUCCACCGCUGAAUUCGUGUCUAUCUGAAGACAAGAAUGGAAUGACUCAUGCUAUCUUAGAAGUUGUUGCUGGUGGGAUUGUUCAAACUGCUAAUGAUAUUCACCGCUACGUCAGGUGUACUCUUCUCAACUCGACCAAACCAUUUCAAGAUGUUGUGAAAUCAGCACAGGACUCUCUACGGUGGUUGUGUCACAGAAAGUUCCUUGAGUGGAAUGAAGAUACCAAAUUAUACAGCACGUCUCCUCUUGGACGUGCAGCUUUUGGCAGUUCUCUUUCCCCAGAUGAAUCACUUAUUGUUCUGGAGGAUCUUUCAAGAGCAAGAGAAGGGUUUGUCCUCGCAUCUGAUCUGCAUUUAGUCUACUUAGUAACUCCGACCAAUGUUGAGAUUGAACCAGACUGGGAACUUUAUUACCAAAGGUUCAUGGAAUUGUCUUCUCUAGACCAGUCAGUUGGUAAUCGAAUCGGAGUAGCAGAACCAUUCUUGAUGCGCAUGGCGCAUGGUGCUCCUAUUCAAACUGCUGACAGAUUCAGAGGUAAUACAAGAGGAGGGCACAGUAAACUGCAAAGGCACUCUGGGAUCACAAGAAAUAACAUGCUUCCAGAUGACCAAGCCCUACGAGUGUGCAAGCGAUUUUAUGUUGCUCUUAUCUUAGCUAGACUCGUUCAGGAAGUUCCAGUGACUGAGGUUUGUGAAGCUUUUAAAGUCGCCCGAGGCAUGGUUCAAGCUUUACAAGAAAAUGCAGGUAGAUUUGCAUCUAUGGUUUCUUUGUUCUGCGAGAGGCUUGGGUGGCAUGACUUAGAAGGCUUAGUUGGCAAAUUUCAAAAUCGUGUUUCUUUUGGAGUAAGAGCAGAGAUCGUAGAGCUUACCAACAUUCCGUUUGUCAAGGGUUCUCGAGCUAGGGCACUUUACAAGGCUGGUCUGCGUACACCUUUAGCGAUCACAGAAGCUUCCAUUGCAGAAAUAGUCAAAGCUCUUUUUGAAUCUUCAUCAUGGGCUGCUGAAGAAACCUCAGCCCAAAGACGCAUGCAAUUAGGAAUUGCAAAGAAGAUAAAGAAUGGGGCCCGCAAGAUUGUUCUUGAUAAAGCUGAAGAGGCUAGACUUGCCGCAUUCUCUGCAUUCCAAUCCCUUGGACUUGACGUCACACAGUUUCCGCGAUCAAUGCUAUCAACUCUGGAUGGCAAUCAUGCACAGGAAGGAGUUAUGGGGACUGCCGGUAACAUCUCUGCUGCAAACUCUCUGGAGAACGUUUCAGCUAGGCUCUCCAUUGAGGAGAGCAAGGAGUCUGAUAAAACUGCAAAUCAGGAGGUGUCUAGAAAAGUAUCAACUGUUGCUUUUGUGUAUUCAGCACCAGUGGACUCGUCCAGCAUUCUUCCAGAGGCUGUUAGUGUUCAGAAAACUUCUGUCCAAGCUGAACUGCCUGCUCCUGUUUCUUUUGAAAAGGGUGCCAACAUGAUCCCUGCUGUACUACUAGAAAGGUCUGAUGAUGAAAACAAGAUGGUUAGUGGUAAUAGUGAUCAGGGUGUGCAGGUGCAGGUAAACAGAGAAAAUGCGCAUUCUUCGUUUAAGGACUGGACUCCUGAUAAAAGCCCUAUUAGUGCGGUCAAUUAUCCUGGUGGGCUCGAGUCUUUCUUGGAUCUCUGGGACACUGUUGAAGAAUUCUAUUUUGACAUCCACUACAGCAAGCGAACAGGGAUGAAUUCCUGUGGCCCAUUUGAACUUCAUGGCUUUGCCAUAUGUUGGGAAAAUUCACCAGUAUACUAUGUCAAUAUACCAAGGGAUCUAUUCUGCAAGAGAAAAAGUAAUGACGUGUCAAGAACUACAUCUGUUGGUGCAAAUGGUAGUUGGCGUCCUGAGCAUUCAUCAGAUUUGGUCAAUGCUCGGUGGAGAAGGAUUGGUGAAAUAAUGGGGAAAGUAGGGGUCAGAAAAUUUACUUGGAAUUUGAAAGUUCAGAUUCAGGUUUUAGGAAAUUGUGCAAUUUCUAUCCAGAAAAUUGGGGUUACUAGUAAUGCAGGAAAAGAUAUGGGCCUCCAACUUGUUGAUUCUUCUUACUUACUUUUGCCACCGGUUAAUGUUAAACAAGGAAUUGACAUGUGUAUAGUGGCAUGGAUUCUAUGGCCUGAUGAAGAGAGGAGCUCUAACCCAAACCUUGAAAAGGAAGUAAAGAAGAGAUUAUCCAGUGAUGCUGCGGCAGCUGCUCAUCGAUGUGGUAGGUGGAAGAAUCAAAUGAGAAAAGCUGCACAUGAUGGUUGCUGUCGUAGGGUGGCACAAACACGGGCAUUAUCUUCUGUUCUCUGGAAGCUACUUUUCCAUGAACAGCUAUCUGAAGCACUUAUGAAAAUUGAACUUCCUUUGGUCAAUGUAGUUGCAGACAUGGAGCUCUGGGGCAUAGGUGUCGACAUGGAGGGAUGCCUUUGGGCACGCAAUGUUCUGGGCAAAAAGUUGAGGCAACUCGAGAAGGAGGCUUACAGUUUGGCAGGCAUUACAUUUUCUCUAUAUAAUACAGCUGAUAUUGCAAAUGUUCUAUACGGACACUUGAAAUUGCCCGUACCAGAGGUAGGAGAGAAAGGAAAGCAACAUCCAAGCACUGACAAGCAUUGUUUGGAUCUACUAAGGGACGAGCAUCCUAUCAUUCCAGUCAUCAAGGAGCAUCGGACACUUGCAAAGCUUUUGAAUUGUACAUUGGGAUCGAUUUGUUCGGUGGCGAGGCUCUCUGUGAAAACGCAAAGGUAUACCAUCCAUGGCCACUGGCUUCAGACAUCAACAGCAACUGGACGGCUUUCUAUGGAGGAGCCUAAUCUUCAGUGUGUAGAGCACUUGGUUGAGUUCAAAAUGAAUAAGGAGAAGAAUGGAGGUGAUGCUGGUGCUGAAUAUCACAAAAUUAAUGCUCGGGAUUAUAUCAUUCCUACUCAGGAGAAUUGGGUAUUGCUGACAGCUGAUUAUUCCCAGAUAGAACUGCGUCUGAUGGCGCAUUUCUCUGAAGAUUCUGCUCUAAUUGACCUUCUAAGCAAGCCCCUUGGGGACGUUUUUACUAUGAUUACAGCAAGAUGGACUGGAAAAGCAGAAGAUUCUGUGAGCUCCCAGGAACGGGAGCAGACCAAGCGUAUGGUUUAUGGCAUUCUUUAUGGAAUGGGUGCUAAAUCCUUAGCUGAACAAUUAAACUGCAGUCCUGACGAAGCCAUGGACAAGAUUCAGAGCUUUAAGAGUUGCUUUCCUUGUGUUGAUUCUUGGCUCCGAGGGGCAGUUUCUUGCUGCCGACAGAAAGGCUAUAUAGAGACCCUUAAAGGAAGGAAACGUUUCUUGUCAAAAAUAAAAUUUGGAAACUUUAAGGAAAAGUCAAAGGCUCAACGACAAGCCGUCAAUUCCAUAUGCCAGGGAUCUGCUGCUGACAUAAUAAAGAUAGCAAUGAUAAAUAUUCAUGCUGUGGCUGUUGAAGGAAAUGUUGAAUCUGAUUGUAACCCUCUGCUUGUGGAAAAGUUCCGCAUGCUGAAGGGCCGCUGCCGCAUUCUUUUGCAGGUACAUGAUGAGUUAGUACUGGAAGUUGACCCAGAGGUGAUUAAAGAAGUGGCACAAUUGCUGCAAAUGAGCAUGGAAAAUGCUGCCUCUCUUCGAGUUCCCUUGCAGGUCAAAUUGAAAAUUGGGAAAACGUGGGGUUCCUUGGAGCCUUAUGAUGCCAAAUAUUACGAAGACGCAGUUCUAAUGCCCAAUUCUUAGAUCAGAAGAGAGGUCUUGGUUGUUACUAUUCCUUCACCUGCUAAAUUACUUGGACAUUUCUGAAUUCCAAGAUGAAUUGGUGUCAACGGACGUGGUGCAGCAGAGAAAAUCGAUUCGUUUCACCUGCAUCCUCCGAGGACAUAUCGGAGCACUAUCUAAUCAAUACUCGCAUGCUCCGAAAUGAAAACAGUGCUUCAAGAGGAAAUAAGAUUGAGAGUUUGGGGUUAAAUCAUCAAUGCAUACGACUUCUGGCACGAAAGAUGCAAUGGCAUUCUUCAAAUCUCAAGAUUGUGGGAGCUGGAAUAUAUUGCAGACAAGGUACGAAAGGCCAUUUAUCAGACUUGCCAAAGAGAUUUCGAGAAGAUAAAAAUGAGAAAUGUUGGAAUCUGCAGAAUAAUUCUUUCAAGGGUGAAGUGCGUGACUGUAGGUAAAUUUAGGAUUUACAGUGAAACUAUUACCAAGGCAAAGAUUGGAGAGGAAGCAUCAAGCGGCGUCUCCGGGAGUUUAUAGGCUCUUUGGAAGCGUGCGAGAAAAAAACUUGUCAGGCGAAGUGAUCAUCGGGACCGAUAAAAGCGUCCCUUGUUCGAAGGCCAGUGAAGUUGUGAAGUUCUGAGAAUCUGAUCAAGGGGAUAAACCAGAAGAGGAUAAGAACAAGAAGCAACAGAAAAAUACUCAGAGCAAAGGCUGAAAGAAAAUUAGUCCAUCUUGAAAGAGAAUUGCUGGUGUAAGCAGCAAAUCACGGUCUUGGUUCUGCAAAACCUUUGGUCGUGUUGUUUAAGGCCGCAAACAAAAAGCAGCAAGUCAGAUCGAGGAGCGUCAAACAUCAGCAAAUAUUUGCUAAUUCUUUUUGUGUUGUCCUAUGUUUUACUCGAUGCAAAAAAGCUUAUGGGAUUCUGAAGAUUUUAUCCCAGAAAGCUACCAUGAAAGAGGAUCAAAUUGUAAAAGACGCAAUUUCAUUCAUUUUGUACAGUAAAAUACUUUUAUUUUUUUCUCCCCAGAAAUUCCACAUUGAUGGGCAGAAAAGGGACAGAUUUUGUGGUA